CACAUUACGUUUUAUUGGUUUAAUCAAGCCCUUGACUGCUGUCUUGUCAGAUGAGACUUCAAAUGCUAAAGUUUCAUAGUUGUACAAUGUGAUAUCCUGUCUAGUUUGUAAGUGCACAAGCUGAACACAGAUGUCUCAAACAUGUGGUGUAUAUGACAAAUUUGUAUAAAUAAAAAAAUAUGUAAAAUAUUACACGAAUCAGGGAAUUUUCAAUAAUAAAGGGCUGCUACAAUGAUUUUAUCCCGAGUGUAAUCUGCAAUAAUUGUAGUGAUGUUUGUAAAUGGUUUUUAGGAAUUGUUGCCCCGUCAAAUUGCUGAUGCCCGCAAAAGAUUUGACAGCCAUGACAAGAACAGAAGUGGUGAGAUCAACAGAGAAGCUGUUAUUGGAAUUUUCACUGAUCUUUUUCCCCAGUUCAGCAGAAACAUGCUGGACAGUUACGUCACUGAGGAAUUUAGAGCCAAAGGCAAGAACACAACUGUAGACUCCAGGACUUCUUGGGAAUGUACAAAUGCUUUUUCAUUCAGUGUCGGAGUGUGGUUUCCAGUGAGAGUAGCUAUGCACUUUAUACCUCAAGUAACACCUCUGAAGAUAAAAUCAUUUCUUCUUCCACCAGCAAGAUACCCAGGUAUAAAGGAUUUGUUAAGCACAGUUCAGCGCAGAAAGAAAAGCCUGACCUAAAGGCUGGAGACAGAAGACCUGGUGAACCGCUGGGAUCUCAGAAGAACAGAGGAUCUGUUCAAGUGUCUGAAGGCACAGAUGAGGGAUUAGGUGAUGGGAAAAACCUCCCCACCUCACUGAGGAGAGCACUGGAGUUUGGCCUGGAGGAUGAGGAUGAAGGAGACUCGUUCUUUGAUGAUCCUCUUCCUCAACCUCAGAAGACCUAUGGCUGUGGUUUAUCUUCAGCAGAUAAGCCUUAUUCAGGGCAGAGGCAUUCUGAAAAAAGCUAUAGUCAGAAAGAUCAGCACUGGCAGAGGGAAGGGAGCCUUUCAGGGCGAUCCUUAUCCCAAAUGAGGAGGGGCACUAGCCUCAAUGAUCUGUCUGCUAUAGGCAGUGAUAAAGAGGGAGAUGGAGAGGACAUGCUCUCUGACUGUGAUAACAGGCCUAAACCCAGGGGAGAAGGUUUGGGCAGCAGUUUAGGAAAAGCAUUCAUGGCAGACGCGCAGCUGAAGAGUGCGGGAGGAUCGUUUGAGAGCAGUCAGAAAGACCAUUCAUCUGAUAAAAACGGUACGUCUAGUUCUAAAGAUAAGGUUGUAAAAGAGUUUCCCGUUCCAAAUGAGAAAACUGCAUCUCCUUUGCUGGAUGAUGAUCUUGACUAUGACGAUGACUUCAACAGUCAUCUCUCUGAAAACUCUAAGAGUGAAGUGAGCAUCGAUGAGGAGAUUGAGGUGGUGUCGAUAGAGGGGCCUGACAUCAGCCAUAAGCUUGAUAAAACCACUCAGGAUGUGAGCGUUUCACAGAUAAGUUUGGGUGCAGACUACAUUGAAGACGUUGCUUGAAACCUAUUUGUUGGUUCUUUAUUUUAUACUUUAUGUAUUUAUGGAUUUAGUUGACAAUAAAUAAUUAAUUACAGCCUGA